AUGAGCACUAUGGCUCUGUGGGGAGUUUUGCUCCUGUUCUCCCUCUUGGCUUGCUCCCUACAAGCAAAGCCACUGGAGAGCUGGGGGCAUGUGUCUACUGGAGGCAAUGCCCACACCAUGCUAGAAGAGUCACAGAGGAACCAGAAUGAGAACGCCUUUGACUUGAAGAUGUUUCUGGAGAACAUGAAGGUGGACUUCCUGCGCAGCCUCAGACUGAGUGGUGUCCCUUCCCAAAACAAAACCAGAGUGGAGCCACCACAGUACAUGAUCGACUUAUACAACAGGUACAUCACUAACAAGUCAUCCAUCCCAGCCUCCAACAUCGUGCGGAGCUUCAGUGUGGAAGAUGCUGUCUCUAUGACUGCCACAGAAGACUUCCCAUUUCAAAAACACAUAUUGCUCUUCAACAUCUCCAUCCCCAGACAUGAGCUGAUCACCAGGGCUGAGCUCCGCCUCUAUAUCUCCUGUCAAAAUCACGAAGACUCCUCUCAUGAGCUGAAAGGAAGCAUGGCUAUUUAUGAUAUUAUUGAGCGAGCAGAUUCCUGGGAUUGUUCCAUGAGAAUGAAGACAUUUCUCGUAUCCCAGGACAUUCGGGAUCAGGGAUGGGAGACCUUUGAAGUCUCCAGUGCAGUGAAGCGGUGGGUCAGGGAAGACUCCACUAAGAGCAAAAAUAAACUGGAAGUGUUGGUGGAAAGUCACAGGAAAGGCUGUGACAAGCUGGACAUUAGCGUCCCCCCGGGUUCCAGAAACUUGCCCUUCUUUGUCGUCUUCUCCAAUGACCGAAGCAAUGGCACAAAGGAGACCAAACUGGAGCUCAGGGAGAUGAUUGGUCAUGAGCAGGACAGCAUGUUCAAGAAGUCCAAGAGCAAUCCAAAGGAAAAAGGAGAGGGAAAAAUUGAUGAGGAGAAAAUGGAUGGCCACAUGGCCACAAGACCUUUAGCCAGACAGAAAAGGAGUGCUGGUGCCAGCAGCCACUGUCAGAAAACCUCAUUGCGGGUAAACUUUGAAGACAUUGGCUGGGACAACUGGAUUAUUGCACCUAAGGAGUAUGAUGCAUAUGAGUGUAAAGGCGGUUGCUUUUCCCCCCUUGCUGAUGAUGUUACUCCAACAAAACAUGCUAUUGUGCAGACCUUGGUGCAUCUCAAGUUCCCCACGAAAGUUGGUAAGGCCUGCUGUGUACCUACCAAGUUGAGCCCCAUCUCCAUCCUCUACAAAGAUGACAUGGGCAUCCCUACCUUGAAGUACCACUAUGAAGGAAUGAGUGUGGCAGAGUGUGGGUGUAGAUAA